GUCCGCGGUCACACUGCUGUUUUGUUUUUGUUAAUUCUUUUUGUCGAAUAAAAUAUACGAAAUGGAGCAUUUCUUCAGGAUAUGCGGCAUUUGACCAGGCAGACACCAUCAGCGGCAUGCCACAGAAGCGCAUCAGAACGAUUUGGUUAUCUUUAUAACGGAGAUUCAGAUGGUUGCCAGCAAGCAAUAGAAUCGGCAGAGAGCAAGUGGUUCAGUUCUCCCCGAAGACGAAUGUAAAUUUUAAUUAAAAUCAAUUAGGCGCACACCCAAAAACACGCACCAAUCCAAUCCAUCCGUAUGCCUCUUUAGAGAGCUCCCAUAUAGCACAAAACUCUACGUUGGACGAAAUUCCGCGCUUAACCUGUUCAGUCGGUGGUCGUGGUCGUGACGGUGGUGCAACCAAUGGACAUAAUUGGUCUAAUUGGACAGAGCAGCAGCAGCAUCGGAGCACCCCCAGUUACAAUAGGAUGGCACAAUUUACACUCUACAACAAACAUAAUGCGCCGCCCAGCAACGACAUUACACGCGUCGACUGCGAUCAUGUGCCCCUGUGCUCCGCCAACGACGUACAGCUAAGAUUCCUGGUGCCCGAUGACCUGACUGAGGUGCGGCAACUGUGCCAAGAAUGGUUUCCAAUCGACUAUCCACUCUCAUGGUAUGAGGAUAUUACCUCAAGCACGCGCUUCUUUGCGCUGGCAGCUGUAUAUAAUCUGGCCAUAAUUGGUUUAAUUGUUGCCGAAAUCAAACCGUAUCGAAAUGUCAAUAAGGAGGUAAUAGCCAAUAUGAGUGAUAGUGAUGAAUUGUACACCAGGCUGAGCGGUUUUCCAAUGCAGGACAAGGGCAUAUUGCCCGACUCGAUGGGUCGGACCGCGGACGUGGGCUACAUUUUGUCCCUGGGCGUGCAUCGGUCGCAUCGACGCAAUGGGAUUGGCUCGCUGCUGCUGGAUGCCCUAAUGAACCACCUGACGACGGUCGAACGGCACUCGGUGAAGGCAAUCUUCCUGCACACGCUGACCACUAACCAACCUGCCAUAUUUUUCUAUGAAAAGCGAAGAUUCACGCUACACUCGUUCCUGCCCUACUACUACAACAUACGGGGCAAGGGCAAGGACGGCUUCACCUACGUGAACUACAUAAACGGAGGCCAUCCACCUUGGACACUACUAGAUCACAUCAAGCACUACGCCACCAAGGUGCGUCACACCAGCACCCUCUGUGUGUGGAUGGCUUCCCGUGUGCAGCAGGUGGUGCGUUGGUUCUACCACAAGCUGCUGAUGCGAUUUAACUUCAUUGAAUGAGGCAAGACAGGACCAAGGACUGACUGCAACGCGACUGGACAACCACAAAAGGCAUUCUUCCGCGUCACAAACAAAACAAACACUUUCAAUUCUGAUUCUGCGUCAGCAUAAUCGGGCAUAGCAUUCAUUAUGUUAUGUCAUUCUGCUGAGCAUGUUGAGCAUAUAUACACAUAUAUAAUUGCACACAAUCGCACACACCCACACACACACACACACCGCCCCCAUACAAUACAAUACACCUUCAUUAUAAAUGUUAGGCAAUAUGCAGGUAUGCAGAUCAUUUCGUUUUUAUACAAAAUAGAAUAACAAAAAA